CACGUAUUUCCGUACCACUCUGCAAGCAGCUAGUAGCUACAGCAGCAGUCAGCAGAAGCUAGUGGAGUUAAUAGAUUAUUCUGUACCUACUGGUACAGGAGUGUGUUUUUUGCCCUCUCAAAGGCUGCAGAAAGGAAGCCUCGGUGAAAAAAAAAAUGUGUAUAGCCUGAAAGGAAAAUUGCUAUCUGGAGUGCAAUAAUCAGGGAUUCCGAGGAUAUCCUCGAGCGGACGAGGACGGGGAUUAGUUUCGGUGGUCGUGUGUGUGUGCGCGUUGGGAAAACUGUUUGUCCCAUUAUUUGAUUUUUUUUUUUCAUUGCGACGAGGGGCAAAUGUGGUUUACCGCACGCGGGUUCCGAAGGUGAACUAACUACAACGGCACGGUGCGGGAAAAAUCGUGAAAAUUGUGCGUGUAUGAGAAAGGAAAACCACCGUCGUUUUUUCAUGUUUGGAUCAUGCGAGCCGUGGAAAAUCGUUAUUCGGUGUGAAGAAAAGCAAAGCUUUUUGGGAUUUACUGGAGAAAAUGCGAGCGAUUUUCCGAGUUUUAAGUGCGUCUGGUGUUGGGGAAAAAUUAGCUCCCAGCCAGCACAAGCUUUCAUUCUAGAAGAAACAUCAAGUUGCUACUCAAGUACGGUUCUUAGAAGAAGAAAGAUUGAAACAGCAUGUAAAAUUGUUUGAUAGUGUGGGAAUGCAGCAACAUGUUUAACCCAUUUUGAUGUGUGCAGAACCAGAACUGCUUGAUUCAGCCGCAGCAGAAGCAGACGCAGUAGCAGCAGAAACAAAGCCAAGAGGAUAAUAUCCAACCGAACCGGAUCCGGAGGAUUGAACGAGCUUGUUUCAAAGAGCUCCCCCAAUGUCUGUGUAGUGGUGAAAAUAAGAAGAAAAUCUCGGCGCGAUUAAGCGGCCAGGAAUGGAUUAGUUUUUUACAAGUUGUGUGCUCUUUUUUGAAGAGGAAAAAACGGGAGAGAAAGAACUCCCUUUCCCGUACCUUCCACCGCUGUGGUCCGUGAACAAAUAUGGAUCCAUUAUUAUUCGCAAUCGAUGGUGGUUGUGGUGGUGGAAAACUUGUUCUACUUCGUCGUGAGACCGCGGCGCGGUAAACGCUAUAUAAACAAGCACACUGACUGCUGCCGUGUAACUUUAGGUGGUGCGAACAGAAAACAAAAAAAAAACUUGUUCCACCAAAGUGAGAGAGUGGAAGGACCCCGCGGGAGAUAUUGUACGAGCUGCGACAGCCGACAAGCGAGGAGAAAAUAAUUGAAAACUGUGAAAAUUGUGAAAUUCAAUAAAUUAGCGUGGAAAACAAUUGCAGCUGCCAGGAGCAGAAGCAGCAGCAGCAGCAGCAGUGUCGCCUCCAUUGUUAAGUCGAGGGUGCUGUUGGCACUCUGGUCAAGUGGAAUCUCGAGCUGUUCGCAGGCGGGGGGAAAUAGAUUGAAUUCCUCGUUCCUGCGGAGCGAUAACCGAACUGGAGUGUGAAAAUAACUGUAGAACUCAAUGAGACUUGUGUGUAACUCUUGUGGCGGCGCUGUGCAGUUUGAAAUAGCGGAUGCUUACCAUUUAGUGGAACAGUGAUGCUGCACGAUUAAGAGUUGGACUGGUGGUUAAUAAAUCGGUACUCAAAUCGAGUGUGGCAAAAUAACAAUGUUUCAACGUGGAAAUCCGACGAGUGGAGCUAAGCGCGAGGACGGUGGUAGUUCGGGGAGUUGAAUAAAAUCGAAGCAUAGUGAACCUCUAGCGUGGUUCGCCAGUAGCUGAAGUGGAAGUGUGUGAAAAACGUGACAACGAUGAUUAAUUAUGCAACAUAUAGCAAUCGAAUCGGUGUAACUCGUCGAUCCACCGAGCAGCAGCAGGAUAGUAGCAGCAAUGGCAACGGCAUCUGACAUGACCUAGAUCCUGUCUGUCGAGAACCUAGAACGAGGGGUCCGUCGAUGUUCUUUCCCUACGCUGCUCAUGUUGUUGACGUUGUUCUCCAUAAGUGUACGUGUCUAUUGUAAAUAAGUAAGCUCGACGAUUCAAGAAGCCUUCGAAGGCUCAGGUGUUGGAAGAAAUAUUUCGACAUAAUCCUCUACCAGAAGCGUAGAUGUGUGCGUCUUCGUGUGUACAGUUCAUUGUAAAUAAAACUUCAGGUGCCAGUUCUUUCACCGUUGACGAAACCCCUUCGGAUAAUUUCUAGUGUACAGAGUUCAUAAAGUGUUGAUCAGUAUCAAGUGCAACUAUUCUUAGCUAGUAGAUGUUCCGCAAAAUAUUAAUCUAAAAGCAGUUUUCUCCAACCAAGUUUAUCUCAUACCGUUAAGCAAAGAAUAAUUAGCGCUAGAUUCUAAGUGUUGCAUUUACCAAAUAAGCCAAAGUAGUGGAAAAGUUACUUCAAACCAAACAGCAAAAAAGUUGAUCUGUGUACAGUAAUAAGCAAAGCUGAUCUAAAAAAAAUAAGCAAAAGUUACUUCGUAGUCCUUUCAAUCGUGUGAGUGUGAUUGUGUAUAAUAAUCAUCAUCUGUAAUAAAGCCAGUAGCAUGCAAACGAAGCAUUUCAUGGCAGCUCAAAACUACCGCAUAAUGGCAGCAGCAGCAAUGGUUCUACUCUAGUACACACUCGUACAAAGCAACUAGAACGAAGUGAAAAAAUCACAACUCUACCUUAACACCCCCUCCUCCUUCCUACUUUUCGUCAGACAAAGUAACACUAACUGGAAUCCCCAGACCGGGCUAAUAUACCCCGUGAAAAAAACAAGUAAUAAUCAUAGCCAUUAAGCAGAAUAAAUAAAGUGGACUUACCACUCCCCUCAAAUUCUAAGCCCGUUGCAGGUCGAAGGAAAAGCCCGAGAGAAACAUAAAAAAUUCGGUGAAAAAUGACCAACUCGUUCCAUUACUCAAAUAACUGAACCGAGGGUGCUCAUAAAGUUUUUACCGUGAAAAAAAAAAAAAACAAAACGAAAACUAAAAAGUUGAAAAUCCACCCUGGUGGAAAGUUUGCUCCGUUGUGGUUAGAGUUUCGAAUGGAAGUGUGCAAAUAUUAACAAAAGGAAAAGUUAAUCUUCGCUCGAAACCAUCGCAGCCGCAUUGGAAACAUUUCGACUGAUCAGUGAGUAGUGUGUUGGGUUGGAAUUGUAAUUGGGAUGCUAUCAAUAUAUUUGCCACGGUUGGCAAAGGAAUCUAAGACAGCGGCAGUCAGUUUGGUGAGAGUGUGCAAAAGGUAAUCGUAACCCACAAUCGCAGUUGUCGUACAAUUUGGUGGGAAAAUUAGUGUAUGUGCCACUCUACUGGAAUAAGCAAACGGAGUCACGACGACAACAUCGGCCACAAUGUCGGAAGCAUCGACGCCCAAUGACGGACAAGGCACAACAGGGGCAAAGCAGCAGGUCGUUGCGUACACCGAAAAGUCGCAGGAUAAGCAUGAGUCACGUCACAUUCAGCUGGUGCGGGAGUACGGCUUCCAUCCCCGGUCCAAGGUGCAGGUCGAGGACGGGGCCGUGCUGCCACGGAAGUUCGAACCAUUUCCGAACGACAUGUAUGGGCGCCCGCUGGAGGAAAUCGAUAACUUCAUCUACGAAGAGGUAUGCCUUAUAUAUCAACUGAAUACAUAUGAGUGAGUAUUCCGAGAGGAUUCUUGGACAAC